CUAGCCAGUCCCUCGCUCACGUCAAAAUCUUCGAUAGUUUUAACCUCUCGCAUUUUGUGCCCAAAAAGUGUCAAAAGCCCUUUAAUUAACCACCUUCUUAAUGGAUUUCGUGCAGAUGUGAACAUAUUUGUGAUGAAAUGUCGUACUUGCACACCCACUGGAGAGAUGUUGAUGUAAGUUUGCCUCAUGUUAUUUCUAUCGGUUCCGUGCUUACCAGAUACCCCCCUCUCCCCCUCUUCCCGAUCCGUCUUUCCGAUGCAGCAAGUUAGGAUAUACCCAGAGAUAUCAAAAUAACCAUUAUUUGGUAGGCAUCUGUUGUUUUUACCUGCUAAUUUAAGAUUGCACGCUUAUGUACUUCCUAUCGGAAACAGACGUGCCGGAAAUGAGGAUCGAAAAACGAGAACGAUGACAAAGCACAAACUAAUCAAGUUGGUAGACCAGCUAACUUGAGCAAAUCGACGUGAUUUGUCUGCAGUUGCAACGUAACACUGACACUGGUUUGAACCAAAAAUAAACCCAGAAUGAACAAAAUCUUUUUUUUUCAAAUUUAUUUAUAUUGUAAUCUUUAUUAUGCCAUUUUGUAAUAUAAAUACAUCAGUAAGGAAUAACAUGUACAAAAAAAAAUUAUAUAAUUAUCGCGACCUACAGAAAAUUCAUUAAAACCAAGAGCCAUUGAUUUUUGACAGGCUUGAUUAUCUUCUUAGCUGGCGAUGUUUGCAUGCUUUCUUGCUCGGUUUUCACAUGACUUAAGUUAGUUACACUCUUUGAAAAUAGAGCAACGCAUGGUGAGGGUGUAGAUAAUGUUUCAGCAGGAUAAAACACAUUCAAUAUCAUUUUAAAGGUGCCUCUUUUCAAGAACUCUCUUUUAAAUUUAUAGGCAUGGAGGAAAGAAGGUCUCCCACUGUCAACAACAAGUAAUGAAGCUGCAAAAAUGUUUGAUGCUUCCCUCACUCAGGUUAGCAGGGGUUUAAAAACAAGCCAGCAAACACUGCAGUUCUGCUGGCCAUUUGAUAACAUGUCACUAGUGACUCUGGUCAAAAUAAUUACCUUUUGGUCCUUAAUGAACUUUUUACAGACACAUUCUUUUGCAGAGUCUGUUGCCAAAACUUCAACAAAUUCUGAAACCCCAGUGUUGGUUCAAGCAGUAAUGGUGUAAAUGUAUUGGGUCAUUUAUUACAAAGAAAAACAUACAGCUGGUAGUAGAACUUUGGAGGAAUGGGACAAAGAGGCACAGAUUCCAAAUUUAAAGGAAGGGGAGGGGUGGGAAUGUGAUUCAAUAUGGAACAUCUUCAGAUUUCAGGUUUCUAUAAGUCAACAUCUUUGGGACAGUGCUGAGAUAUGUAAUCUAUUAUCUAAGAUCUCAGAUCUAUCUGUGGAGGAAUUAUGGGUCACAGCGGCUGAAAUUAAUUGGACAUUUAAUUUUGUGAGCUAAAGUUUCAGUGGAUGUGUUAAAUGUAAGUCAUAUUUAUCUUAGAUAUAGCUGUCACUGAAAAAUUUGGUGUAUUAUGUAUUGUUUGGGUAAAUAACCUCUUAUAUAUGAUUAUAUGGUUCAAAGGUUGUUGCUCAUCAUGAUGAUAAAAGUGUUGGUGGUCUAGAGAGUUCAGUUACCAGGAUGUUGCAAGCAGAUCCUGAUUUUGGUAAACAUCACCUAAUAAUUUUUAUCAAAGGUUAUACUUGUACAUUCAGGCCAUUUAAAUUUGUUCUUGAUAAAUUUGUGGGUGUAUGAUAAUUCACUUUAGGUAUCUUCUGUAAAGCGUGAUGAUGCAACAGUGCUCUGAUUCAGACAAUUAAUAUUUACCUCAUAUUGGACCCAAUUGGUACACACUACAUCUCGAAAAGUAACAAACUGUCAAAAUUUGAUUCUCAAUCAAGGCUGUGUAUGAAGUGAGAAAAAUUAUGCAAUGUACAUAGGCCCUCCAACUUGUACAUUUCUACAAGGUUGAUCGAGAAAGUUAUGGCUUAGGAUUCUAUACAGAAUUAAGAUGAAUUGCCUAAUUUGCUGCACAAUAGAAACCUCCUUUUUUGCCAUGUUAUAAUAUUAUGACUGUAAUCGGUGCAUUAUUUUUAUUAUUUUUCAAGGAAGUAAAGACUUUAUAAAAGAUAGUUUGUUUGAACUCAAAGUAAAAUAUUUUGCAGAACUUUAAUCAACAUGGAUCAAAAUGGAUGAAUUGAAGUAGGCAAAUGUUACCUAAACAAAUACAAAAAAAAGAAACAAAAUUAUAAUUAAAAAAAUUAAUUACAAAUGAAUAGACAAUACAUAUAUGUUAAACUUUAUUUUGAGAAUUUGUUAGGUAUGCAUAACAUCACUCUUAUUUAAUGUUCACCCUUUUUCUUGUUGCUACAGUUAUGGGUCAUGUUUUAGCAUCUUUUUGUCUGCCUGGUCAUGUAAAGCAUUCUGAUGUUGCUCAAUUACUAGCCAUGGAAAAUAACCUUACUGACAGAGAAAUGCUCCAUGUUAAGGCUUCAAAAGAGCUAGCAGCUGGGUAAAGUAUAGUAUAACUAGCUGUUAACUUUUAACUAAUAAUUGAAUUACAUCUGACAAAAGCUUGGAAAAUUUUACACUCAAUUUAAAUCCUCUUCACCUCCUCCUGGGUCCUUAUAGCUUGCAGGGUCAUGUUUUGUUCCCAUAGGCAAGGCAGUUUAUUCUCACUGUAGUACCUCUCUCCAUCAAGGGGUUUGUAAAUGGGUGCUGGAGAACCUUUGGGAAAACCUGACAAAAUGCUGGGCCAAAUUGUUCAAAGCUGGGUUAAGAUAAUCCAAGGUUAGUUGGAGAUUUGAUUUCAGAUCUGAAAACUUGAAAUGGAAAUUCAGUAGAAUUCUUUUUGUUUACAUGGGAUGCCCCAUGAAGAAUAGGUAAAAUUAUUCCACAUAGGCUUUUGAACAAAGGAAUAAAGAAACCUGCAUUAGAAUUUAUCCAUGGUUAGCACUAAUUAGCCUUCAAACAACUGGGCCUAGGGGAUUAACCUAAGAUGGAAUAGCAUAUCAUCAUAGGAGAAGAGCAAUACUCCUACAUGUAGUCUUUCAGAAAAAUCAGGAUAAGCUCAGGCAUGGCCUAGUGGGCAUAAGGACUGGUCUCACAUUCCCUAUGAAAGGGUAACUGUGUUUUUCACUUUUGAGCGUUUAAACUGUGCAAAAAGCAUGUGACUGAGUUGUUAAAGGUGCUGGAUUUGAAAUUUCAAUCCUUUGCUGCAUAGUUUAAGCCAUUUCCCUUGACAAUUUUCUUUCAUGCCUAUUGAACUGUUUCUAGUUUCCUAUGGUAGUUUGAGUUGGUAGAGUUCUGAUGUACAUUUAAUUGAUUAAACUUUGUUUCAAUGCAUCUAAAUAUGCAAAAUUAUUGUACAAGUAGUCGUAUAUAUCAAAAAAAUGUUACAUAUAUCCCUCCUGGGUGUUGCAGAUUGAAUUUUUUUUCAAUUUUUUUGGUUUAUAUUUUACUCUGCUAUAAAACUUUUCAAACUAGUCUUUUUUUUUUCCUUUGCCUCACAUGAUGAUAUUGGAUCUGAGACAAAGUAGAAUCAAAAUCAAAUUGGUCUGAUAAGUUUUUAAGUAGGUAAAGUCUGUACUCAAGCUAGAAAGCCAAUCCAGCCAGAGCUUAAUUUGAUUUCCAUAACAUGGAGUGGCCAGGAGUAUUACUACUCCUCCCUGGAUUGGAGGCCAGUCCAUGGCAAGUUUACCCCCUUCCUACCAGCCUUUUAUCAGGCUUCCCUGACAAUUCACAGGUAUCCAUUUAAACUCCUGUGUAAGGAGAGGCACUGUGAAAGAAAAUAGUUUAUCAACCGAAGAAAAGUGUUUGAACCGCUCGACAGUACAUCCAGUCACAUGCCACUGUCUUAUUACUGUUGUAGAAAUAUGAUUAAAGCACAAGCGAUGUGGGAUGACAUUCUGAUCGCAUACCCCAGGGACAUGCUUGCACUGAAAAUGCUUUCCAACCACAGCAUAUUUGUUGGACCUAAGGAUUUGUUAAGAGAUAGUGUGGCAAGAGUGUUUCCACAUUGGAAGCAAGAAAUACCACUAUAUGGGUACAGUAAUGGUAUUGUUCUGUUGACAACGUCAAGUUUCAACACUAUCAUGAGAAGAAGUUAAAUUCAAUUUUUAUCCAGCAUUUAGAAAAUACCGCUUCGUAAUUUCUUUGUGUCAUAGUGUGCAAAUACCACAUCACCCACGUAUAGUCCAUCAAAGACUUUUUCUCGCCCGCGAUUAGUCUGAACGCGUCAAGUGAUCGAAUAUGCCCUUGCUAAGACUGGGGAACCUGGUGAUAUUUCCCAAUUAUCAAAGCUUACGUUCAAUGCGAUUUGAAAGUCUUCGUUUAAAAUUAAUUCAAAAUGAGAAAGGGUUUUGCUGUCGUUGCGGGAGAAGCUACAUAUUUGUUUGUUCAUAGAUUUCAUAAUACUACAUAAAACUUCAUAAAAGACAACCGAAAAGUGAACGUCGGAGCAGUAAACAGUAAGCUGUUAGUAAACAGUUUGUACUGCGCGUUGCAAAAAAUAUUUAUUUUAAAUAUUUAUUUUCAUUCAUUAAAGAUAUCUAAGGCACAAGAAACACAGCACCUCCGUUUGGUGCGAGAAUAUGCACAAGUAUUUGUCCUUGGACAUGAUCGGUUCCUUGAAGCUCGCACUUUUCCUUGAAUUUGACUCUCGGAAAACUGUUUGCCUCUCGGAACAGAUCAUGUUUGAGGUCAGGUAUCCCUGCAUACUUUCGCGCCAAAUGGAGGCUAUUGUUUAUUUAGAAUACAGGAAUCACUUCAUGUUGCCUGUAAUUACGUGUAGCCUGCCAUAAUUAUAAUUAACAAUACUGAUGACAGUAAAAAUACUAUGUGUUCAGUAAGGGAGAAUCUUAUCGUCACUCAGUCACGUUUUGACUGAAUAUUAAAACAAAAAAGGAUAUUUCCUUUCAUGCGCAAAUUAAACCCAAGUUAAUUAAGGCUCAUCAACCAUUACAGGUAUCUCUUCGGUAUGCAUGCCUUUGGGUUGGAAGAGACGAACUUCUACAGAGAAGCAGAGAAACAAGCUCGCAAGGUACCAACAACAACCACUUAAAAGAAUGUUUGUAUACUAUCAAGUACUGCAAUAAUAUAUUUGGUCUUUCUUCAAAUUUUGGUUACCUGUUAACGUUGCAAUCCACUAAAUGCAGAGAGCGGAUUAAGAGCCACAGAUAAUAUGCAUACAGUAUUUAAGAUGGAGCCUAAUGGAAAGCCUUAUAAAGGAAUUUUUAUUCAUACCCAUGCGAUGGAAAGGGUCUUCAUAGGGAGAGAGUGAGUCAGUACUGCAAAGUUGAGAUCGAUCUUUGAGCUGCCAUACUUAGCGUGGGUGCAUUUUUCCUAACCAUCCUGUAUAUUCGCCCCUUUUUCUUCGUUUCCCUGAAUCGUCCAUCGGAAACGUGAGGGGAACAUGGAGAUCACAUUUGCAUGAAUUAAUACACAGUUCUGUGCAACCAGAAAUGCAAUGGUGUUUAUAAUAGACUAAGAUAAGUUGUUUGUAAGUUUUGAUGUUGCGCACGAGUAAUCAAUCCUCUUAACGAGUGUAUCCUUAGGAACAUGAAAAAAGAGAAACUAUGGGAACCAGGGUGAUGUAUGCAGUUUUCAAAAUGUUGACCGAAUAUUGACGCCUGUUCAUAUGAACGAUAGGGAUUGGAGCUGAUUCCUACAGACACGUGGGCAACACAUGCCUUGGCGCAUGUUAUGGAGAUGGAAGGCCGACAGGAUGAAGGGAUUGAAUUCAUGAGUAAAACCGUGGAAAACUGGAAGGUACGAUUUUUUUCUUGUUCAACAUGUGCUUUAAAUUUUUGGACACGAGAGAUCUCUGGCUUUUUUGUGUGUAAUGUAUGCUUGUUUAAUGCCUCACCCCCCUUCCCCUUGGAUUACGGCCGGGGGUUUAUGGGGGGAGGGGGGGAUGAUGCUAGUGAAGGCAUAUCGAUCCUAUUUCCGUUAACUUGCCAUCUUUCUUAUUCUAUUUACCAACAUGACGCUAUCGACAUUACUUAUCCUAGUAGUAUGCUGGACGUGUGUCAUAAAUGAACUUCGUAAUAGGCUUCGCUCACCGUAGAGUCUCUGUGGCUCAGCGGUAGACCAUCGGAGCGCGGAUUCCAAUGUUGUGAGGUUUGAUUCCUCAUUGGGACUCAGAAUUUUUUUCUUUGUCCCACGCUCGUGACAAGAUGAAAAACAUCUUUCACUCUUUCUGAAUUAUGAUAUCGUACAAGUAGUCAUUGUAACAUGAAGUAUGUUUUUUAUUAUCUGGCCAGCCUUGCGAGUCUUUGACCUGUCACAAUUUCUGGCACUGGGCUUUGUAUUAUAUUGAGAAGGUAUGUUUGCAAUAAAAGUACAAAAAUGACAUGUUAUGAUAAGUACUAUGAGUUUGAAAUGGGAAAAAGUUUCCUCUAACCUCCAAGGAUGCAGCAAAAAGGAUUGAUAGCAUUUACUCGUGAAGUGAUUCGGAGGGCCAAAUAAGAAAUUAUUUGGCUAGAAGUGAUAGAUAAUAUGUACGCGGAGCGCAAGGAUGUUUUGAUCCUGAAAGGAGAAUUUGGGCUUAAACAGCUUGAAUUAGUUUGUUGAGAGGGCACCACUGCCAACUGAAGUUUGAAGGAGUAAGUUGAUAGCAUGGCAAUUGUGAUCAGUUCCUCACUUGCCAUCCGCCGUAGUUCUUCUAUUGCAUUGUGCAUUGUUUGAGACAGAAUAAUUCUUCUGUUUUUUUGUUUUGAUCACCCUUCUCACUUGUUUUGACUUUGUCUCUCACGUUACUAAACAAAUAAGGAAUUUGAUUCGUCUAUUUUUCUAUUGAUUUCAGGGAGACUAUGAAGCAGCGCUUAAUGUUUAUGAUACUGAGGUACGGAAUUGUACAUGUCAAUUGAGUCUCUUUCUUCGUCAGCCAAGCUCGUCGCUACCAUCGUUGUCACCUGGAAUUGUUAUUGGUAAAGUCGCCUCCGGCUGCUCUGAAAUUAAAUUUUAUUGAACCAUUGCAGAUGGCUCCACGAUUUAAAGUAAGCAAGGUUUUUACGCUGAGGGAUGGAUCAUCUCUAUUGUACAGACUGAAACUUGAAGGUCAGUUGACACAGUAGUGACAUGAAAAGAUGAUCGUAAUGAUGCAUGAAACAGAUUAUAUACCCAUGUGCAUUUUUCAGUUUAAGCUUGCGUGCGGUGCAUAUUUCUUAAUAGGGCACGUGAUUUAAGUCCAAAACAAAAAGAGGGCUUAAGUCUCUUUCUUUGUUGGCAGGAGUCGAUGUUGGAGACAGAUGGCAACAGCUUUGUCAGUAUUGGGAAAGCCAUGCAAACGACCAUUUAAUGGUGGGUGAACUUGUUUGAAAAGAUCGCAUGCAGGCUUGAGAUUUUCCCGUGCAUUACAAUCAAAAUUAACACAGGUCUGUGCUUACACUGGUUAUCUACAGGCAUUUAGUGAUACUCACAUGCUUAUGAGCACGCUGGGUGCCAAAAAUGAAGACUUAACCAUGAAACUGUUGGAUUCCUUGAGGAAAUAUGUUAGGUAGGAAUGCUGUCGUACUUGUGAGACUUUGGUCGUCAUAGCAGUCUCUUAGCUGGAUAAUCAAGUAUUAUCAACUGAGUUUAUAACGUAAAUUGGCUACCGUAAAGGGUGUUAAAGCUGACGUUUCGAACGUUAGCCCUUGGUCAUUUCCUCUGACGAAAGGCUAACGCUCGAAACGUCAACUUUUAAACUCUUUACGGUGGCUAAUUUACGUUAUCAACUCAGUUGAUAAUACUAAAUUACCCUGUUAUACUCUACCACCGACGCAUUAACACAGUUCUUAUAGAAACUUACCCCAUUCAUUCAACAGCCUCAUAGUUGUUUCCUUUGAUUCUCAUCAGAGAUGGGUCAGGCUACAAUUGUGAAGUAUCACGUACGGUUGGUCUCGCCAUCUGCGAAGCAUUUGUGGAAGCUGAUAAAGUGAGUGGUCCCGGAGAGUGAAGACUAAGAAGUUUUUGGUUGAAAUCAAGUUCAAAAGUUUCUUUUCCUGUUUUUUUUUUCCAGGGAGACUUCGAUAAAGCUGUGUCGAUUUUGAAACCUCUUCGUUAUAAAGUAGAUCUUAUAGGAGGAAGUCGAGCUCAGGUAAGGUUUAAAAAGCAUUUUUACAGAGUGCGUAAAUCAGAUCUCAGAUCUCUGACAUAAUUUUUUUUUUUGUUGUUCGUGUGUAUAAUGAUGGCACAGAACUUCCACUAGCCGAUCAAAACACUUCUACCGCUCUCUUGAUGUUGAACGGACAUUUUAGGGAUCCUUUUUUUCUUAAAUUCCGAGAGGCUACCUUCAGAUUUAUGAGAUCUGAGCCGACAAUCUUAUCUUCCAUGAAUUCAUUAGGUCCUAAAAGGCUGUUUGGUAGAUAUCUCAAGAGAAAACCUGUUUAACUCCCAUAAUGGUGUAUUUCUAGGCGUAGUUUGGUUGUACUACGUUCUUGAGAGAGGCGCACGAGUGCCUCUUACCAGGUACCCAUGAGUAGGAAAUGAGCUGGGAAUACAGAUAUAUGAUACAUCCUACAGUCAAUGAGCCAGGUUCCUGGAGAAUAUGAUACUGCUUAAGUAACAUGUUAAAACAAAAAGUGAAGGAGGAAUUUGGCCGAUGGCUUUUGCCCCAUCAUUAAACAAAUGCAAGUAACUCGAAUAUGUCAUGACGUAAUAUUUUGAGCCUCCUCAAAGACGUUUUUAGAUGGAGGAAAACUGUGCUGCAAAACAAAAAUCCUUGCGUUCUUUUGUCUGUUUUAGCGAGAUGUUUACGAGUUAUUCUUGAUAAAUGCUGCCAUGCACUCUCAUCGAAAGGAGGAUCACCAAUUUGCCAGGUAAUCACUUAGUGUAUCAAUUAGUUAUCGACACCCCUACAUUGUGUAUCUAAUGAAGGGACAUGCGCAGCGGAUUAUUUCUGACAAAUUUCGGACUUUUCCAGAUAUGUUGUAGUUACAACAGUUUCUCUCCUGUGUCUUGUUGGGUUCUGCUGUGUUAUUAAAGUCUCUCGAUGUGGGUAUUAAUAUAUUUAUACUUUGUUCUAAGCUCUUCUCCACUCUUCUGUUUUGUUUUUUUGAUCCUUUUUUUCUGUUUUUUUCUUUUAUUGUUGUUGUUGUUGCUGUUGUUUUUUCAGAUGUCUUAUUGCUGAAAAGAAAGCCAAAAAAGAUAACGCACCCCUGACGGACAGACUUAUGGCACAAGUACUUCCUCUUUUAUAACAAUGACAUGGAGUAAUAAUAAUAAUGACCUAGUUGACCAGGGUAAACCCAUCAGCUGAAGUUGUUAUUAAUUGGUGCCCUGGGCAACUGAAAAAUUAUCAGUUAAUGAAAAAAUAACUAUUACAGAUGAACCAUCAGAAAAAUGUAAAAGAUAUGUACAGUGUCGAUGGAUAAAAACUGAAGUGAUAUGUUUUAUUUUUGUCAAUCCACAGGGGAUUAUUUCGUGCGGACUCACUGAGCUUAUAUAUACUGAGUCUCUCAUUAUUACUUACCUUUCACGUCUAAUCGCAACGCUAUCAUCAUCAUCAUCAUCGUCACUUUAUUUGCCUUUUUCAACUACGCAAAUUAUUUAACUACAGCAUUCUGAUUUAAAAAAGGCAAGAAGACCCACGAAGCCACCGAGCUUAUGGGAGAGGCCACCUCACUUACCACAUUAUAUUUAAGAACAAGUGCUGCGCAUGAGUGGCUCAGCCAAUUCAACGAUUAUUCAGGGAUCAAACACUGUUUAGAUCUCACUUUCUUAUUUAACCUUUCAAACGGGAGUUAAGGGAGGAAGGUCUUUCACACUAGUACCGACCACACUGAAAUAACACCCGGAGUCAAUUCAGGAGCGAAUAGAAUUGAGCUUGCUUCUAGAAGUCAAUUCUGAACAUUCUAUGAAUUAUAAGCAUCUAGACCAUUAUGUCAUAUAUUUUAAUUCUCUGUAAAUAUAUGUAAAUGUAGAGUUGAUUUUAUUUUUGUUUGUAGCUGUACCUUUAGAUAUUUUAGCCGUUGUUUAAAUCAUCUUUCUGUUGCAGUUUUAGCAUCUACCCAAUAAAGCAAUAAAAGGAUAUUCUCUACGUGGUUAACAUAUGCCGGAGGGGGGUCAUAAGAAUACUACAAAUCCUUACAGGGGGAUCAGGAAAAUUUUAUCGUGACACAACAAAAAUUCCCUAAUUCACCCCCCACCUCUACCCCCACAGCGUUCAUAAACGAUGAACGCUCCUUCGAGUGACUUUUUCUUCAAAAUCGCCUGUGUUUCUUUUAUCCUCCUUGUAACGUAAUUGUCUCGACCUUUUCUGAAAGAGAUUCUGUCUGCCCAUGUUAACCCUUCCACUUUUCAACCAAACCUAGUAACACACAUUCCGUACUGCAGUAAAAAUCCAUUCAGAAUUUCCUCUUUCCCCCCAAAGCUCUCGAGAUAUUCCUAACAUUUUCUUAAAAUUUGCAUAAUUCUCACGAUUUUUUUUGUCCAAGUCUAAUAUCAUGACAAACUUCCCUUUCACGCCAAACCACUUAUUUCGUUACUAACUGAGUGACAGGUUUGCAUGACACGAUCUUACGUUACGUCAUCACUAGCACUGACCAAAAGAAUAGCAGGCUCUGGACCUAAAUUAGGGGGCACCAGUCCCUUAAUAAUUAUAAAUACUUCGCGCGUGCUUUGUCAUUCUCUCCGUGACAUUGGACAGGUGACAGUGGUUGGAGUUGUCUGCGGGGAAGUCAGUCGUUGUCCAGAUUCGUGCUUGAUUGCGUUGAAAAUGUCAUACCUACACACUCACUGGCGAGAUGUUGAUGUUAGUGUCUCUAUUUGUUUUGCUUUAGAUGUGAUGCAUUCGCCUCUACCUUCUAGUUCCGCCCUUCUUCCCAAGGGGAUAUGGUGUUUAAAUUAUGUGACAGGCGGACAAUUUUUUUUUUCGCUUUAAUCAGACCCCCAAAAACUGCUUUUUCAUGCUUUUCGUAGUAGACUUGGAGUUGGUAUCUUUUUAUACUCGCAAAUUGUAAUAGAUCGUAACUACAUGAACAUAUAUGCUGCAGGUCGAAGAUCGGGGAUCGAAGAUCAUUGUAAUGGGGAGCCAUGACCAAGCAAAAAUAAUAAAGAAAUUGAUUCGUAGUAGUUAUUAUCAUUAGAUGGAGGAAAUAAACCACCUUGAUAAUUUUCGAAGAAAAAAAAUUUAAGAUUUUUCUGAGGGCAGAUCAUCACGAUCAAUAUAAUGCUAACUAUAAAAUGCUGCAUUUUGUUUUUAUGUCUGUUGCCGUAAGGAGAAGUAAGAUGCUUAUCACUCUUAUCGUUAAAAGGAAGAAAAAUGUUUUGUUUUGUAGGCAUGGAGGAAGGAAGGUCUUUUACUGUCAACAACAAGCAAUGAAGCUGCGAAAAUGUUCGAUGCCUCCCUCACUCAGGUUAGGUCAAUAUUGAAGGAGUUGUUAGUAAUUUCAGAAUUGCUAUAAAACACAUUUUGAUGGAAAAAAGGAGACUUUAUUUUCCUCUAGAAAAUGUGUCAAUAUUACUUGUUGGUCAUCCAUAUGCAUGUUAGACUAGUUGAACACAUCAGCAACCAGAUAAAGAAAAGUACCAAUUUCUAUCAAAUUUGAUCUCUGAUAGAUAUUUGUAGUGGACAGGUGGUUAAAUUUCUUCCUCUAACUAUAUUGGUUCAUUCAUGAUGAUUUCCUUUCUAUAAUCAUUUGAUUAUUCCAACUUGUAACCAAUAGUUGCUGUUUUUAAGGUUGUGGCUCACCUUGACUAUGACAGUGUUGGUGGUCUGCAGAAUUCAGUAACCAGAAUGUUGGAAGCAGAUCCUGAUUUUGGUAAAUGUACUAAGCUUUCUUAAUGGGCGUCCAUCUAUAAAAUGAAUUCAGAUGGUCCUAAAUUUGUAAAGAUUAUUUUCAGAGUUACAGGUUUUUUAAAUUCAUUUUUGAAAUAGUAUUUAAAAAAAAAACUGCAUAAUAUGGAAAACUUCUAAACUGCUGGAACUCUUUCCAAAUGAUAGUUUUAAGUGCUAACUAAGGGUAUUACACCUACUCUACUGGCAUUAAAGUAGUUGGCACUUUUCCUCUUCGCAAGUGAUCAAUGACCAUCAACAGAACAAUUUAAAAAUCAACAAUUUUGUAAAUGCAUGAUCUCUAAUAAGUUACUGUCAUGUAUUUGUAAGUCCCCACAUUUUCACCAAAUCAAUGUGACAAGAAAAGAGUGAGCAUGUUUUAACAUUUGAAAACAUUAAACUGGACGAGAUAGGGAGGAAAAUAAAAGUUAUUGAUUGAAAAAAUUGAAAUGGUAUUAAUUGUUGAGUUUGCCAAGACUUUUGUCACUUAAUUUUUUUACAGCUGAUUUUUUUCCUACUUCCACAGUGGAUUUUGUUGAAAAGGAGGGACUACCUACGGUUUUUCUGUUUUGCGUAAAUGACAUCAUGAUACUGAUUUUGACCUUUUGUCUUUUCACAACCGACAGCCAUGGGUCAUGUUUUGGCAUCUAUCUUUGAAGUAAAGAAUUCUAUGGAUGUUGCCCAGUCACUAGCUUCAAAGGGCAAACUUAAUGACAGAGAAAUGCUCCACUUUAAUGCUGCAAAAGCACUAGCUGCAGGGUAAGAUAUAUUUAGAUGUCAUUUCAUAUGUCUUAUAACUUUAUUUAUAUCUCUUAUUAACUGAGUUUGAGGUCUUUACUGUAAGUUACAGACCAAUUUUUUUGCACCUGGAUUUAUGUCUCAGGUGUGAUAAAUCUGAGUGGAAAAAAAGCAAGCUUCCGUAACUUACAAUACAGACUUAGUAAACUAGGUUACUGAGAUACUUAUUUUAUCUCUGGCUUGAAAUAGAAGAUUUCAAUUCAAAGAAACUUUUGAAUUUAGUUGGCUGUGCAGUGAAGUAUGGCCUGCUAAAUUAACCAAUUAAAGCACAUGUUCUAACUGAGAGAUAUAAUGACUAUCUUUACCAGUAUACUUUUAUUAACUUUGAAUAUAACAACCUCGACCUUUUCAUUACAUGUUAUUAUACUUUUGGAUUAUGGAGGGUCACUAUAAUCAAUUUUUUUCCUCCUUUUAAUCUCCUGAGUUUUUAUAAGUGCUUAGUAAUAACAGGAGCUUGUUCAUUAUACAGAACAUCAAUGGUACUUAGUUUUCAUAACAUCACAUUCACCAAGAAGCUUAUCAUAUUAGACUUUUAUCAUACUAUAAGUGUUUAUGUAUUAAACCCUACCUGCUAAUUUCUAUAGUAUGCAGAUGAAUUUAAGAUGCAGCACUUCUCGUUUGCAUAUAGCUGGAUGGGUCUUGAAUCCGCAGGCCUUAGAUUCCCAGGUUCUAUUAGAGCCAUUGUUUAUUUCUAUACAAAUAUCCAACUUAUAGAUUUGAAACUCAACCAGAUCAGAACUAGAAAGUUUAGGCAGCCUCGGGCUUGAUGAUUUAUUCAGCUGUAUUCAGUCAGAAUUUGUUAACCUGAAUGGUUAAUUAAAAUGUUUCCAGCCUGUUUUCUUGUUGUUACCCUCUAACUCCCAUGAGUGACCAAGACGAAAUUUCUCCUUACAAUAUCAAUACAAAUUAUCAAGUAGACAAGUGACGAGAUAAAGAAAAAUAUUAAGUAGGGGAUUAUUAGUUGAUCCAAUACCAAAUUCUCCAAACUAACAUCACAAGAACUAUUUGGCAGACAGUAAGGAGAAUUACUAAUGAGAUCUUGAGAGUUAAAGAGUUUUAGGGAGGUGGGUUGGCCCAAUAGUGAGUGCAUGGGACUCUGGUUUGAGAGUUAUUGGUUUAAGAGCACUGUAGUAGGGUCAUUGUGUUGUGUUCUUGAGCAUGGUGCCUCUCUCCACCCUGGAGUCUAAAUGGGUACAGUGUUUUUUUAGCAAAGUGUCUGGGAAGCCUUAAUGCUGUGGGUAACCUUGCAUUGAACUGGCAUCCCAUUCAGGAAGUAGUAAUACAAUUUACUCCUACUUGUUUCAUGCUAUGGAAACUGGGAUAAGCUCUGGCUACAAUUUAAUUGGGACACUUAGCUUGAGAAGACUUUACUAAUCAACCCUUGUUGUUAAUGACUGUAUAGAAAUAUACCAAAAGCACAAGAAGUCUGGGAUGACAUAGUGAUGGCUUACCCAACAGAUAUUCUGGCACUAAAGAUGCUUGGGAAUUAUGGCAUAUUUUUUGGUCCCAAAGACAGGAUAAGAGACAGUGUAGCAAGAGUGUUGCCACAUUGGAAACAAGAAAUACCUUUAUAUGGGUAAAUUAAGUAAUAACAGUACUUGUUUAUGAUUUUGAUUCAUGAUUAUAGUGAGCAAUCAAUUAAAAUUUCAUUAUUAUAUGUACACUGACUCUACCAACCCAGUAACUGCGGCAGUUGUACUAUAGUCUUCUUAACUUUUAAGUUAAUAAAAUAUCACAUUUAUGUAUUUUUUAUCCUGUCCAUAUGGUUUGAGGUUUUCCUUGUAUUUACUUUGAUUAGGCUAUUUCUUUUGUUGUAAUGGGAAUUAUGAUUUAAUUUCAUUAAAAAAAAUAGCUGUUGAAAUUCUCUUCCCAGGCUUAAACGUCAACUAGGCAAAGAGGGUUGGGGGGGAGAAGGUGUUUCUAUGGUGCAAGUUACCUUCCUCUUUAAGAAAAUAACAUAAACACUAAUAAUCUAUGAGUCAGUUAUAGAACCCCAGACUUAAUCGAUUCUACUUUUUUAUAGAAUGUGUAUACAUCUUUUAAGAUUGGAAAUUUUCAUCUAUUAUCUUGAUUGUGUCAGGUACCCAUUGACACAAAAUAAAACAAUGUUAUGUUAGCCAUUUAUUCUAAACCAAAUGAUCGUCCUUGACAUAUGGUAUUUUUUUUAACUGCAGGUAUCUUUUUGGUAUGUAUGCCUUUGGAUUAGAGGAGACUAACUUCUACCAGGAAGCAGAAAAACAAGCUCGAAAGGUAAUUCAUGGAGACAACUGAGAAAAACCAUUUAGAAGUUGUUAAGUAUUCGUUAUAAUAAUUUCCUUAGUCUGGUUAGGAUAUCGAGCAAACUUCUUAAGCAUAGUGUUUCUAAGAACAGUGCAUUGAAGUGGAAUUCAAAGCAGUAUAUGGAGUGUAAUCAUUAUGGGAUUGACAGAUGAGGGUUGGACUCAAACUGAAACAAGAACUGAACAAACAGACAGACAAGCAACUGAAACACUUUCAGCGGGUUAUGGAAAUCUCAGACUGAACACACUACCGAGUUAAGAUAGUUGGGUUUUAUCAACUGAGUUGAUAGUGGAAAUUGGCCACCGUUAAGAGCUUCUAAGCAGAAACGCCAGCUUUAGAAACUUUUUACGGCGGCCAAUUUACAUUGUCAACUCAAUUGAUAAAAACCAAAUUAUCUUGCAAUAACUCCUUCCCCCAUCCCCAACGGUGAAGAUGUACGUUUAGCUGUAUCCACAGACUGGCAUAGAAUUUCCUUGUAUACGGUAACGGAACCCCGAAAAACCUUGUGGUACCAUAUACUGUACAUUCUGUUUUCAUUGGUUUCAUUAAGAGUGCUUUUCGGUCCUUUUCGAUUGAGUGUUGUAAAACCAAAUGCAAAGCAAUAACAACGGCCAAUCAGAAGAAAGGAAAAACCCCACUGAGAAAUUAAUCAGUAAUGAGUCAGUGAGCCAAUGAGAACUCAUAAUAAAACCAAGUAAACUGCCUAAAGCGCGGGAAAACGCGGGCGAUCAAGUCGUGAUUGGUUUUUGUUUUGCAUCUGAUUGCGUAAGUUUUCUGGACCAAUCACACAGUAAAGUAAAGCAAAAGCAAAGUCAUCACGGAUUACUUUUAACACUCAAUUGAAAAUUACUUUGACUGUCUACUUGCUAAGUCUCUUAAAAAUUUAAUUUUGAAACAUGCCAAUCUAAACGGUAGGGAUUGGAGCUUAUUCCCAGUGACACGUGGGCAACUCAUGCCUUGGCUCAUGUUAUGGAGAUGGAAGGUCGUCAGGAUGAAGGAAUUGAAUUUAUGAGUAAGACCGAGGAAAACUGGAAGGUAGAAUAUUAACUGUUUGACCUCUUGAUUUUUUAGAAUGAAGGCAAUGUUAUAUCUUUUUUUGUGUGUGUUCAUUUUUCGGAUAAAUGUCUGGAUGUUACCCCACUAGUUCUGUGAGAACAUUUCCUAACCGUCUGAAAAACGUCUGAUUUUGUCACUAGAUACUCGAAUAUUCACGCCCCCACCCCGACCCCUCUCCUUAUUUUUGACCGUUCACCGCCCCCUCUUCCCAGCCUUCCGCUGCCAUUAAAAUCAAAGAUGGCGGCCAUAAUUUCCGUUAAGAAAAUGCAGAGCAAUCGCUCGACAAAAUUACGCCUACUCUGCAGGCUAGGUACUCGUAAGCAUUGAGUAGUGGUCCAGUCAUUUAAUAUUAAUUGAGAUGAAUAUUCUUCUUUUUCUGGCCAGCCAUGUGAGUCUUUGGCCUGCCACAAUUUCUGGCACUGGGCUUUGUACUAUAUUGAAAAGGUAUGCUCUUUCUAAAAGCUAACAGUGGCGUGUAUAUGUAUAGAUAAGUAAAGAGCAAAGUUACCACUUCUUGAAGCUUUAAGGAACCACCGAAAAGAUUAUAGAUGGUGCAUGAAGCUGAUUUCAAGGUACACUUCUUCUAUUUAGCUAAAGGUGAAGUAUGCCACGAAAACCAUAUGUCGUCUCCUGUAUCAAAAGGUGUACAGAAAAUCUACCCCGAAUGUUGUUUACAGAUUCGAAAAAGCAACGUAACCUUUUGGAAUAAGUGCUAAAAUUCGAGUAUGGACGAAGCCAUUUUGAUAGCAAUUCUAAAUGCAAAGGCGUCGCACUCGUCGCACAGAAUUGUAAUGUGUCCUGUUCGUGUUCUGUGUGCAUUUUAGAAAGGUAGUGAAUUGUGAGCGUCGGAUUACUGAUGACUAUCGUUUUAAGAAAAUUUUGCAAAGGAGCCACAGGGUUGACAGAGCAACUGCAUUUCGAUGUUUCUCUUUUUAUUUCCUUACUGAUUUGCGAUUUAAGCAGUUGCCACCUGUUGGGAGAGAUAUAACCUCAUUCAGUUUAUAACUUGACAUCCAACGACUAAAUGUGAUUACUUAAUGAAGUACUUUACAGCGUGAAGGCACCCUGUUUUUUCCCUUUAUUUUGCGCUAAAAUCGUUAUGUUAUCGCUCUUCAGGGAGAUUACGAAGCGGCAUUAAACAUCUAUGACACAGAGGUAAAUCCACGUGUAACUUCAAUUAUUUUUUUUCUUCUCUAAAUUUCUUUCCCCCUUAGAAGACGUCUUCAUUAUGGCUGGCAUGAUUAUUGUUCGUUUUUGUAAACCCACCAUUAGGGAAAUAGACCCCUUUUUUAUCGUAUUCCAAUAAGAUCGCUUUCGUCCUGUUCGCAGUUAAAUUGCAUGAUAUACCCUAUUUGCAGAUGUUACCGAGAUUUAAAGCAAGUGCCACUUUUCCGCUGACGGAUGGAUCAUCCCUGCUCUAUCGACUGAAAUUUGAAGGUUGGUAAACAAAAGUUGGGAAGUUUUCUUGUUUUUUCUUUGUGUUUUUACCGGCUCCUUGUAUUGUUUUCCUUUGUUCUGGUUGAUUAUUGUAAUAAAUUUCAAUCGGCUUUAGUACAAAAACAAACUAAUCCAAACAAAAAAACAAAGAGGAAUAAACAAAUACAAGACGCGAUUAAACUUUCUUAUUGCAGGUGUCGAUGUUGGUGAUAGAUGGCAACAGCUCUGCCAAUAUUGGGAGAGCCACGCAGAUGACCAUUUUCUAGUAAGUGAAUUGAAUGAAAGAAAAAGCAUUGUUUCUCCGUUUUCCGCGUCAUGUGGUGGCAAUCGAAGAUAACACAAGUCUACACUUAUGGUAUCUACAGGCAUUUAAUGACAGUCAUAUGCUUAUGAGCACGCUGGGGGCAAAGAAUGAAGAUUUGACCAUGAAACUUUUGGAUUCCUUGAGAAAAUAUGUUAGGUAUGAAGUAAGUUUUGAGUUUUUACCAUCGACAAUGGGUUGUCAGGGCGCAACCAACACAAACAAACAAACAAUCCAACGAACAAGCGAAACCAAGAGAAGAAAUGGGAACCUUGCAAUGAUAAUAUACUACCAACUCCCAGGAAAUAAUUCACAUACAACAGUUUCGAUUAUUGUCACAUGAAAAUCGAGAACACGUGAACAAGAACCAAAACCAUGUAUAAUUAUUUCCAGCCACACUUCUCUUCCACAACACAGGGAACCAACGAGACAGUGAGUCUGUUUGGGUAUCUUUGGGGCACGCGGAGCUCCCAAGGGCUGAAGGAAACCCCAUGGGACGGGAGGGAGGGUAAACAAACAGCUAAAACGAUCGAACAGACAAAACGAGGUAAAGUUAACAGCAUGGAGGUCUGGGGCUAAUGAUGUUAUUCCCCCUAGGAAAAUUAACCAAAUUUAUCUUGGUUACUCAACUUUGUAAGGUUUUGAGCUCUCUAUUUUGAUCAUUUUGACAAUAUCCUUUUCUUUUGGUUUCUUCUUUCUAGAGAUGGCUCGGGAGAGAAUUGUGAAAUAUCACGUACGGUUGGUCUCGCCAUUUGCGAGGCAUUUGUAGAAGCUGAUGAGGUGAGUGUAUAGUGAUGGUUUUCAUAGCAAACAGUGCUAUUGCUUUGCGAUCGAGUGGUCCGACUGUCCGGGUGAGUGUAAUCCUGCGAAAGAAUGUUGUCUGUAGUGGUGACUGACAUUUCGACAACCUUAGCGGAAGUCAUUCAUUCUGAUAACGACUUCCGCUCAGUAACGUCAGCUACUGAUACCGUCAACAGUCCUUCUCAGGACCACCCUCACCAGGACCAUGAGACUAAAUGAUCACAUGUUACCCCCUGGUUCAAACCAUUUACUAUAAACAGCGCUUUGCUUGAAAUCAAGUUUACAUGUUACUGUUCCUGUUGCUUUCUUUUUCUCUCCUGUUAUUUCUAGGGAAACUUUGAUAAGGCUGUAGCAUUGUUAAAACCUCUCCGUUAUAAAGUGGACCUUAUGGGCGGAAGUAGAGCGCAGGUAAGAAUCAAAACGCCUCUUUGCUUGAGGAAAAAAAUUAAGAAAGAAAUACUGCCUUGAGCUAUUGUCACGAAGUCGUGAUUGGUUUCGGUUUUGCAUCUGAUUGGUUGAGAGGGUGGUGGAAGUUUUCUGGACCAAUCACAGCACGAGGUAAACCUAAACCAAUGCUAAUACAUGUAGCCAAGUAGUAUAGUUGAAGCUGUAGUGGUUUUUACUGGAAACGGCUACGACCCAACUCCAUAAGGCGGUCUUCCUGGGUGAAUGGGCGUCUGUGCUGGAAGUUGCUAACACUCGACGUGUGCUUAUAUGUUUAUUUGUAGCGAGAUGUUUACGAGUUGUUCUUGAUCAAUGCUGCUAUGCAUUCGAAACGCAAAGAGGAUCAACAAUUUGCCAGGUAACUAUUUCGUUUACUCAUUCCGUCGUAGACUCUUUUAUUUUAUUGGUCAUAUCUUCUCAUAAUAUUUGACAGAUUCCCGAUCGGCAUAUUCUCUAUGAGUUUUAAAUUAUUCGCUGAUGUCGGUUUCUAAGAAAAUAAUUUUUUUCCACGUUUACUAAAGUAACUUCUCAUUCUUGUACAUUGUAUGUGACUUGUUGAAAGAAUUAAGUUAUGGUUAAAGAGGGUGGCCGUGAGUAGGGAUUAGAGACCAUCAGCAGAAUUCGUAUGUCACAUUGUCAUAAUUCAGUUGAUCAGGCAAAAAUUGCUUUUUAAAGGAAAGUCAGGUAAAAGGCUGGGAGUUUCAAAAUCCCGGCUGACUGUAGGAACCGUGAACGCGGUUUUGUCAUCCAAAUUGCUGCAAAUUUUUUUCACUACAAUCGUCGCAGAUUUUUUGGUUGCUCUAAUGAUGGUUACAAUAAAUUCAUUUGAUUACAUACCCUCGCAAAUCCCCGCUGCAGCUCUAUGCUACGUAAGCGAUAAUGGCACUCUUUAAGACUUUUUUAGGAGGAUGCGGGUCAAAACGUACAUAGCAAAAUAUAGCUAGUUUUUGUCAACUACCUUUCUGAUUUUUUUCGUGUAGUUUUGUUUGAAAAUUCUUUUUUGUUUCUUUGUUGGUUUUCCCAGGUGUAUUAUCGCUGAAAAGAAGGCUAAAAAAAUUAAAGCUCCGAUGGCGGACAGACUUAUGGCACAAGCUCUUCAAAUGGAUUAGGAUGUAUAUUGUUUAUUAGAU